AUGCAAAGCCGACGGUGGCAGCAGCCAGGAAUCGGACGCGGAAACCUUCGUGAGCCAAACAGCAGCAGCGGAACGCCUUCGAAGGAGGGUGGUGCGGGUGCGGGACGAGGAGAAGUGCUCAAAAAGGACAAGGCGAGCUUCCUACCAUCCGGUCUGAGGAAACUUCGCAUGGGCUCAACGAUCACAUUCGGCUACCGCAGAUUGUUGCAGAAGUUCACCGGAAUAAUUGAGGAAUGGCUCAGCUUUAGAGAUCUGUUUGUAUCGCUCAUUCACUCAAAGGCUGAACUCUCAGACGUCGAAAAGUUUUACUACCUGAGGGGUUGCCUUGAUGGAAAACCGGCCGGCUUGAUCGAUCAUCUGAAGAUCACUGCAGAAAGCUACACUGUGGCCUGGACUAUUCUGCUGAAUGAGUACGACAACGAUAAGCUUCUGAAGAAGCGGCAGAUUCAAUCGCUAUUUGAACUACCUGUAAUCACCGAGGAAUCUUCUUCAGACUUGCACACUCUCGUGGAUGGAUUCUUGAGAAUAGUACAAACAUUGGAUCGUGUUUUGGAGGAAGCGAACUUCAAGGACUUGCUACUGGUCAACAUCUUAUCAUCUCGGCUUGACUCGAUUACUCGUCGAGCUUGGGAAGAGUAUUCAGCAAAGGAUAAUGAUACUUUGAAGGACAUGACGGACUUUCUCCAGACGCGUAUUAGAAUUCUCGAAUCGCUACCCAAGAAGAAGGCAGACAGCAAGGUUGUUAGACAGAACCAAGUCCGGUCGAAACCAGCGGUGGUGAAAGCUAGUUACAACACUGCACAGGAGUCUGGAGGGCCUUGUUGUGCAUGUUCUGGAACGCACUUUCUACACCAGUGCAAAUCGUUUCAACAAAGGACGGUGUCAGACAGAGAGGCACUACUCCGAACCAAUUCGUUAUGUCGAAACUGUUUGAAAUCCGGCCACUUGGCAAAGGACUGCUCGUCGAGAUUCUCGUGUCGAAACUGCAACAAGCGACAUCACACGCUGUUGUGUUUCAAAUCGGGGAAGGAUAAAGGUUCUGCCCAAUACAAGCGAGACAACUCUAAGGCAGCUACGGACGAAUCUCAAGCAUCAGGACAUUCCAGCUCGAGCACGUCAAAUCAAGUCACUCCCGAGAUAACAGUUUCGAACUCAGCUCAGCUGUUUUCAACUCAGGUCCUGUUAGCAACUGCAAUUGUCAUCAUCGAGGACGAUGAAGGCAACCGACUUCCGGCACGAGCCCUCUUGGAUUCCGGAUCAGAAAGCAAUUUCAUCUCGGAGCAUCUGAGCCAAAGGCUUCGCGUACGACGGAAUAAGGUGGACAUUUCCGUUUCGGGCAUUGGAAGAUCGGUAUCCAAGGUCAAACAGCAGAUUCGAGCUACGCUGUGCUCACGUGUCUCCAACUUCUCCCGAGACAUGCGGUUUCUGGUACUACCCAAGGUGACGGUUAGCUUACCAACUUCAAACAUCAACACUGCCGGUUGGACCAUUCCCGACAACGUGGUCCUGGCCGACCCAACCUUCUCUGUCUCCAAGGGCGUAGACAUGGUGUUGGGCAUUGAAAGUUUCUUCGAUUUCUUCGAAACUGGUCGUAAGAUUUCAUUGGGCGAGGAACUACCAGCACUCAACGAAUCAGUUUUCGGUUGGGUAGUCUGCGGAGGAAUUGCAGACUCAGGAGAAUCUAUUCGCAUCACAUGCAACGUGUCGGCGAGGGAUAAACUAGAAGCUUUGGUGACUCGGUUUUGGUCCUGCGAGGAGGUUGAGUCAGGCAGCAGUUUUUCGCCGGAGGAAGCACGUUGCGAAGCUCUUUUCGCGCAAACGGUUCAGCGCGGAGCUGACGGUCGCUACUCGGUGGCUUUACCGAAGAACGAGGCCAUUCUCUCGAAGCUCGGCGAGUCGAGGAACAUCGCACUCAGACGCCUUCACGGUACGGAGCGAAGGCUGGCGCGGGACGCGCAUCUUCAGGAUCAAUACACGGAAUUUAUGGACGAAUAUCUGCGCCUGGGGCAUAUGCACAAGGUUGAGGAAACUGAUACAGUCAAGCGGUGCUAUCUCCCACACCAUCCAGUAGUCAGGGAAGCCAGCACGACCACCAAGGUUCGCGUGGUAUUUGACGCAAGUUGCAAAACAUCGUCAGGAGUUUCCCUAAACGAUGCGCUGUUAUGCGGUCCAGUCAUACAGCAAGAUUUACGGUCGCUAAUCUACCGCUGCCGUAUCAAGCAGAUUAUGCUGGUGUCGGACGUCGAGAAGAUGUUCCGACAAAUUGGAAUCACCCCGGAAGAUCGAGCUCUACAGUGCGUACUCUGGCGACCAACGCCGUCCGCUGAGGUGUGCACGUAUGAACUGAAUACGGCAAUAAGCGAGGACGUCUACAUGGAUGACGUCAUAACCGGGAUGGACGAUGAGGACGCAGCACACAAUCUGAGAAUUCAGCUGGACGAAAUGAUGAUCAGCGGGGGAUUUCGGCUCAGAAAGUGGGCGUGCAACCGUGCAGAGGUCUUGCGCGGUGUUGCUGAGGAGAAUUUAGCCAUUCCAUUUCCAGAAGGAAUCAACCUGGACAAGGAAUCGUCCGUAAAAACAUUGGGUUUAACUUGGAUCCCUAACACGGAUGAGUUCAAGGUACAGUUCGACAUAACACCAACUGUUGCCGAGGACGAACUCUGCAAACGUGUCGUUUUAUCAAAGGCUGCAUCUCUUUUCGACCCGCACGGCUGGUUUGGGGCAACAAUCACAACAGCGAAGAUCUUUCUCCAGCAGUUGUGGACACUGGUAGAUGGUGACGGAAAGCGAUUAGAUUGGGACACCCCGUUACCACCCACGGUGGGUGAGAAUUGGAGGAAGUAUGAGGAACAACUUCCAGUGCUCAAUUCAAUUCGUUUUGCUCGUUGUGUGGUCAUUCCAAAUGCGGAAAAGGUGGAGUUACAUUGCUUUUCGGAUGCAUCAAAGAAAGCGUACGGAGGUUGUGUUUAUGUACGAAGCGAAAAUGCAGCUGGCGACGUCAUGGUACGACUGGUGGCUUCCAAAUCCAGAGUGGCGCCGCUGAAGGUACAAACGAUUCCACGGCUGGAGCUGUGUGGCGCGACGCUGGUAGCCCAACUCUUCAAAGUUCUGCAGGAGGCACUGGACAUCCCGUUGAGCGCGCAUUUUUGGACGGAUUCGACGUGUGUUCUCAGCUGGCUUGACGCGAUUCCAACAACGUGGGCCACUUUCGUCGCGAAUCGAGUUUCCAAGAUCCAAACGAUCACGGAGGGACAUCAAUGGAAGCACGUUCCAGGUGUGCAGAAUCCAGCAGAUCUGAUAUCCAGAGGAAUCAUGCCAAAUGACAUCGUAGACAAUCUUCUCUGGUGGAACGGACCACCAUGGUUAGCGUUGGGACGGGAGCAUUGGCCAAACUCAACAGCUACAGUGGCGCACGAUGAAGUUGAGACGGAGCGUCGACGCACAGCAGUGGCGAUCGUUGCAUCAAACCUGCAAGAGUUUACUGAUUAUUAUUUGUCCAAGUUUGAAACUUACCCUAUUUUGAUACGAAGAACAGCAAUCUGGUUGCGCUUGAUGAAGAAUCUGCCUUUACCGGAUGAGGAGCGGUCCAGGGGUUUCAUCACUUCUGCAGAGUUGAGGCAGGCUGAGUAUGUGCUCAUUCGUCGUGUGCAGAAAGAAGUGUUUGCUGAAGAAUGGAAGGCCCUGUCAGCAAGUCAACCGCUGCCGAAGAAAUCCCCGCUUCGCUGGUACCAUCCGUACAUCGAUCGUGAUCAAAUUCUGCGGGUCGGUGGGCGAUUGACGCACUCGGAGGAAGGAGAAGAAACGAAACAUCCAGCUGUUCUGCCUGCUCGUCACCAGCUCACACGCAUGAUUCUUCAACACUAUCACAUGCGGCUGCUCCACGCUGGCCCACAACUACUACUUGGUGCGGUGCAAACCAUCACCUGUACAACAAUUUAUGGGAGAUCUGCCUGCAGCGCGAGUCACGGUCUCUCGUCCGUUCUCCAAGACUGGAAUCGACUUUUUUGGACCAGUUUACGUGCGACCAGGACCGAGGCGUACAGCAGUGAAGGCAUACAUCGGUACCUGCAAGCGCUGCGGAGGUUCAUAGGUCGCCGUGGCAGACCCGCAGAGAUCUGGUCUGAUAACGGAACAAAUUUUGUUGGUGGUAAAAAUCGGCUUCAAGAACUGUUCGCUUUGAUGAAAGACUCGGAGCACAAAGAGAAGGUCGCUAAGGAGUUUGCUGAUCAAGGCAUUCGUUGGAUUUUCAGCCCACCAAGCGCACCACACUUUGGCGUCUUUGCCGGAUCCAAGCUACCUCGACGUGCCCACAAACCGACUCAACUACUGGCAGCAGGUUCAACGCAAGGUCCAAGAAUUCUGGAGACGUUGGAAACGCGACUAUUUGUCGCAACUUCAGAGCAGAACUAA